AUGGAUGGGAACGUCCAACAAGUGACGCUGGCACUUCAGGGAACACUUCAGCUUGAUCCCAAUGUAAGGAAGCAAGCUGAGGCUCGUAUCUGGGAAUUUGAAAAAGUCUCGGGUUUUGCAACACUGCUUCUACAAUUGGUUUGUUCCGAAGAGGCUGUGGCUGAGAUCCGCAUGGCAGCCGCUGUCGCUCUGAAAAACUUCAUAAGGAAGAAUUGGGGCGAGACACCUGAGAUUGAUAUGACACCCGAAGAAGAAGAACAAAUUCGUCAGUCUGUUUUGCAAGGAAUGUUUCUCAUUCGAGGUACUCUUCAGGGUCAGCUAGCUCAUGCUGUACAACUCAUGGCCAAGCGCGAUUUUCCCGACCGUUGGCCUACGUUAGUUCCUUCACUCGCGGAGCAUCUGAAAGUAGACGAUCUCGGCCGUCUCGUGGCAGCUCUUUCAGCUAUGGAUCAGCUUUUCAAAAAAUUUCGUUAUGAAAGCAAAUCCACAGCCUUAUGGACGGAACUGAAGUCAUGCUUGUUAACGGUACAAGAACCAUUGACGCAAGUUUAUGCGAAAAUGAUCGAGUUCAUCCCUCAACGAUCAACGAUGUCAUCGGAAUCGCUCGUCCAGUGGCUUGAAAUAUUAUGUUUUGUAUGUAAAGUGUUUCACUCAUUGUGCUUUCAAGAUCUCCCAGAAUACUUCGAGGACAAUCUCAAACCAUGGGUUGAAGGCUUCCUCGAAAUCAUGAAGAUGGACUGUCCUGGAAUCUCUUCAAGCGCUGGGGAGCCUACUUUCCUUGAUGAGUUGAAGUUGGAAGUUUGUGAGAUAUUCACUCUGUAUGCUCAACGCUUCGAGGAAGAGAUCAAUCCAUUCAUGCAGAACAUCAUACAAGCAGUAUGGCAGCUUGUUGUACAAACCGGAAAUGAGACCAGAUUCGAUGGCAUGGUCUGUGCUGCUUUGGAAUUUUUAUCGAUCAUCUGUCAAAAGAGUCACUACGAAAGCUACUUUGUUGGAGAGGGAGUUCUGCAAACAAUAGCCCAGGAUGUGUGCGUGAAGAACCUUCAUCUGAGGCAGGAAGACCUGGAAAUGUUUGAAGAUGAGCCUAUCGAAUAUAUGAAAAAGGAUAUUGAAGGAACGGAUACACUGACUCGUCGCCGUGGUGCAAUAGAUCUCGUACGUGCCUUAUGUCGGAAAUUUGAAGAGCGCUUGGUACCAGUGCUUGCUCAGUUGGUCCAAUCACUCUGUUCCGAUGGUGAUUGGACAAAGCUGGAUGUGGUCUACUGUUUGGUUACUGCAAUUGCAUCGAAAACCGAAACAGCAAAAAGUGGAGUGACGAGUACAAGUCAACUGAUCAAUGUUGCUGACUACUAUGCGGGUCAAGUUCGAGGUCAUCUCUCAACAAAUACUGACGAUAUGCCAAUCCUCAAAGCCGAUGCUCUUAGAUUCGUCGUAACAUUCCGCAAUCAACUUCCCGCUGAAAUACUUGUUGAAGUGAUCCAAGCAGCAGACCGUCUACUGACGUCACGUUUCACUAUAUUACACAAAUAUGCGGCAUACGCCAUUGACAAGCUGUUAUUGGUGAAAGAACAAAACAGUACGACUCCCUUGUUAACGGCAAGAGUGGUACCCGUCGGGUCCCUCCUCAACAAUCUUGUCGCUGGAUUCGAUAAGGACCCUAAGGCGCAAAACUCUCCUUACCUCAUAAAGGCUAUACUUCGAUGUGUAGCCAUUCUUGAUGAAGAGACGGCGCGCCACGGGCAACAAAUUGCGUCGAAACUUUCGUCCUUGGUGGCAGCAGCGACAAAGAGUCCUGCUGAUGCAGUUCACACACAUUUCUUGUUUGAGACUAUGUGUGUGCUCAUCAAGAAGAAAAGCAUCUUGAACGUGAUUUACCUCUUUCAAAUGCUACAGACAUUGCUGUUUUCUUUACAGACAGAAAGCUUACCACAAGGCAAUCUGGACGCUGAGCUAAUGCCACUAAUCGAAACGAUUCUCAGUCAAGACAUUGCUGAUCUCAUACCUUACGCUCUACAGAUCACAGGUGUGCUUCUUUCGUCGUCGCUUACGCGCUCGCAAACGGUUGAUCAAAAAUAUAUCUCGUUCCUUCCAUAUCUCCUUUCCACAGAGCUAUGGGCACGAUCUGCAAAUGUACCAGCGGCGUUGACUGUUGUAGAAGUAAGUUGCUUCGUGAGCAGGUCUUGGCUGGAGAAAUUCAUUUGUCAAGUUGUCGUCAGGAAAAAUCAUGUUGUUUCAGACUUUUUUGAAACACUGCCCCGACUUGGUAAUGCGAGAGCACGGUGCCUUAGUGAUGCAACAUUUUUCAAGGUAUCUGCUUUUUUUCUCCUCCUAUCCCUCUUUUUAAUCAUCGUAUCGUUUCACAUCUUUUUCAGACUCGUGGGAUCGAAAUCGCUUGAUCAAUACGGCUUCCAAAUGGCUAAUGCUAUACUUCCAGUUGUCGAGGGCGUUGAAAAUCCAAUGACAGUCUUAUUGAACAAUAUGUUCCGGCGUGUACAAUUUAGCAAAACACCCAAGUUCAUGAAGCAUUUUGUUGUGUUCUUGUGCCGAUUUGCAGUUGUACGAGGAGCUGAACAUCUUGCCAAGUCAGUGGAAGCCAUUCAAACGGGUAUGUUCCGCAUGUUGUUGGAAAAGGUCAUUGUCGCCGAGUUGGCGAAUCUACAGAACAUGACAACAUUGGAUGACAAACGAACGAUAGCUAUCGGCGUAGCGAAUAUGUUGGCCGAUGCGACAAACUACUAUGGUCCUCUGGCAAUUGGAACGGCUCAGUUAAUUGAAGCGCCUUCAGCAUCCGAUCGACCUCUCCUUUCGCCGGAGGAAGAGCAGGCGUCAAUGUACAAUGCCGAAGGAGAAUUCACGAAUCCGUAUUGCCGACUGAGUUAUGCGCCACGAGCGGAUCCUCUUGUUCCAGAAAUCACCAAUUACAAAAAUUAUCUUGCGCGAGCCGUUCUUCAACGUGGCCCUGCAGCGAAUUCCGCCGUCGAGGCUUGCAUUCCAGCCGAAUUGCGAACUCAUUUGUUGGCAUACGCUUCUUAA